AAGCUUUUGGCUCGUGAGCAUGGCUGCUCUAAAAAUAGAUUUGAGGGAGAGUUUUCAGUUAGGUCCAGUUUCAGGUUCCAGCUGAACUAGCUUGAGGAAUCUUUUUUGCUCCUGUUGCAAGACUAGAGUGAAGAUAAAUCAUUUCUUAUUCCACCUUCAACUUUGAUUUUUGGAUACCAGUGCACUCAUUUUUCCUAUGGAAAUCAAGAAUUAUGGCUGAUGACACAGAGACUAAGCAUGGAGGAAACAAGAACGGAAAGAAAGAAAGCCUUUCUGGAAGCUCAUUUUUCACCUGGUUUAUGGUAAUUGCUUUGCUGGGAGUUUGGACAUCAGUAGCAGUUGUUUGGUUUGAACUCGUAGAUUAUGAAGAAGUUCUAGCCAAAGCAAAGGAUUUCCGUUAUAACUUGUCAGAGGUACUGCAAGGCAAGCUUGGUAUUUAUGAUGCUGAUGGAGAUGGAGAUUUUGAUGUAGAAGAUGCUAAAGUUUUGCUAGGCCUUAAAGAAAGAUCUGUCCCAGCACAGACAACAUCAUCAGACUCUGAGGACACCAUUCACCCAGCUGAACAGUUUGUCAAAUCAGAGCACAAGAAUGCUGAAGUAGAAUUGGAAGAGGAAAUUCACUCUGUUCUUCACGAAGCUCUGCAUUUGCAGUCUGGAGAGAGACAUGAAGAUGUACAUGAGAGCGUACAUGACCACUGGAGAGCAGGGGAAGACAAACAUGACGAAGCUUUUGGAACUCCUGCCGCGGAUGACUUGCAUGGAGAAUUAGAGAAUGAAAUUUCAGAAGCAUAUGAGUUGCCAGACUCCAGUCAGAAAGACAUUGAUGUUUUAGCAGAUGACCUUGGAGCAAUAGAACCGGAAACAUACGAAGUUCCAGUUUCAUAUGAAUAUGAUAUGGGUGGGGAAAACACAGAAAGAGAGCCAGAAGCUCCAGGUGACACUGAGCUAGUGCUAGAAGAUGCUAUUGAACAUCUUAAAGAGGACAGAGUGCAUGGGGAUUAUAAUGAAGAACAUGAACCAGAACAUGAGGAGGAGACCGAGAGCCAAUCAGUCUAUACAGGUAAAGACAAUAUAUCUAUAGGUGACAUUUAA